GUGUCUCUGUGUGCCUCAUCUCCAUCUAUCUGGCCCUCUCUGUGGUUCUCUUCUGUGUGUCUCUCUGUCUCGAUCUCGCUUCUUCUCUUCUUUACCCCUGGUGAGUCAGAAACAAAGGAGGGAGGGGGAAGCUGCACAGUAGGUCGGGCUCCGCGAUUCGCCCUUUAUUCUGAACUCACGACGUCAGCGGGGCCCGGGCGGGCAACUGUGGAUGGAGCUGCCGGGAGCGGACUGGGUUGCCCAGAGCGAGCCGGGUCGGAGGAGAGAGCAGACCCCGAGCGGGCGUGUGUUUGUGCGUGCGCUGGGAUCAGGAUGGGAGGUGUGCGGGGGGCGGGAUAGAGGGAGCCGAGGGGGGGCAGGCAUGCGUGUGUGUGACAGUGUGAGUGCGAGGGAGGCUGGCCCUUAGUGUAACCGGAGCUACAAAGAAGGGAGACAGGGAGAGUCUAGAAGAGGGAGGAGGAGGAGGAGGAGGAGGAGGCGGAGGCGGCGCCGGGGCAUCUCCAACACCCUCCCCCUUGGAACGAGCCACAUCAAACCGGCCUCCGCCACUGGGACCCCGGGCCGGCCCCCCCACCCCCUCCCCUCUGCCCGAGCCCACCCGGGAUGAUGAAGAAGAACAAUUCCGCCAAGAGGGGGCCCCAGGAUGGAAACCAUCAGUCUGCACUGCCUGAAAAGGUCGGCUGGGUGCGGAAAUUCUGUGGGAAAGGGAUUUUUAGGGAGAUCUGGAAAAACCGCUACGUGGUGUUGAAAGGGGACCAGCUCUACAUCUCCGAGAAGGAGAUAAAAGAUGAGAAAAAUGUCCAGGAAGUAUUUGACCUGAGCGACUAUGAGAAAUGCGAGGAGCUUCGGAAAUCCAAGAGCCGGAGCAAGAAGAAUCACAGCAAGUUUACCCUGGCACACUCCAAACAGCCUGGGAACAUGGCACCCAACCUGAUCUUCCUGGCAGUGAGUCCAGAGGAGAAGGAGUCUUGGAUUAACGCCCUCAGUUCUGCCAUCACUCGAGCCAAGAACCGAAUCCUGGAUGAGGUCACUGUUGAAGAGGACAGCUUCCUUGCCCAUCCCACCCGUGACAGAGCAAAGAUUCAGCACUCUCGACGUCCCCCAACCCGAGGACACCUAAUGGCCGUGGCCUCAACCUCUACCUCUGAUGGAAUGUUGACCCUGGACCUGAUCCAAGAGGAGGACCCCUCCCCUGAGGAUCCCACUUCUUGUGCUGAGAGCUUCCGUGUUGACCUGGACAAGUCGAUGGCUCAGCUGGCAGAAGGCCGGCGACGGGCAGACUCAGACAGAAUCCAUACCCCCUUGGGCCGUAGCUUUCCCCGGCCCUGGGAGAAGCCAGAGAAGGGGGCCCCUUACACUCCCCAGGCUCCCAAGAAGCAGACACCCUCAGAGAAAGGCCGAUGUGCUUCCUUGGAAGAAAUCUUGUCUCAACGGGAUGCUGCCCCAGCCCAUGGCCUGCUACAGCCUGAGGAGCACUCUACCCCAACCCCACCUCACCCUGGACAGCUGUCUCGGAUCCAGGACCUGGUAGCAAGGAAACUGGAGAAGACUCAGGAGCUGCUGGCGGAGGUGCAGGGGCUGGGGGAUGGGAAGCGAAAAGCCAGGGACCCUCCACGUUCUCCCCCUGACUCUGAGUCUGAACAGCUGCUGCUGGAGACAGAGCGACUACUUGGGGAGGCAUCAUCCAACUGGAGCCAGGCAAAGAGAGUACUGCAGGAGGUGAGGGAGCUGAGGGACCUGUACAGACAGAUGGACCUUCAGACCCCAGACUCCCAACUCAGACAUACUCCUCAGCACAGCCAGUACCGGAAAAGCCUGAUGUGAGGGGGCAAGAAAGAGAGACCUGGGACAUGUUGGGGGGAGGGAUGGGCAGAUAUUGGGAUAGGGGCUGUUUUGUUUUAUUUUGUUUUUUAAUUUACCACAAUCCAAAAAGAAAAAAAAAACAACUCAUGGCUCCUGCUGGUGCCUAAUCCUCCCUUGUUCCCUCCUCCUUUCCCUCUGGAGCCAUAGACUGGACUCAGAUUUGAGGGAGAGGUAUUCCCUACUGAAUGGUGGAGAGAAGAGAUGUUGGAGGCUAUCUGACCCUAGUACUAGAUGUGGGGAGGAGAAAUAAGAAUUAGACUCUCUGCAGUCCCCUGCCCCAACACAGAGGCUAUGUGCUUAUAGUUCAAAUCCUACUUUGAUGAGGGCAGAGGGAAUAAUCAUUUUAUGCUGCCACCCAGGGUUGCUCUCGGAAGGGUGACAUGUAAGCCAGAAAGUCCAGACUCUAGGGAGGUGGGUUCCACUUUCAGCCCUUGGUAUCAGGAAAGAGAAGAGGGCUUAGAGAGGGGACAGAAGGAUAGUCUGUAGAAUCCAAACCGCAAUCAGACAUUAUCUUUCUAACAUCAAGCCCUCAUUGCUAUUUGAGCUCCCUCUCUUUUUCUUUUAUUUCUUAUUUUGGUGUUUACUUCCCCCCCCACCCCAAAAUGAGUUUAAAGACAUGAUGCUUACUUAUGGUGUAACCAUGAAGAGAUGGUAGCAUUCUCUUUGCUUCUUCAGAGGGUGGGGCUUCUCUAGUAGAGGAACGAGGCACAGCUGACCCCAAGGGAGAACUGAUCUAAGAAUGAAACUUGGUUGUGGAGCAUGCUGGGUAAGAAAGAGGGGAAAAACCAAACACAUGUUCAUGUUCCUCUUUUAGCCAAGCCAGAAUUUUCUGAGUCCUUCCCCCUACUCUGACUGCCCCCAAGACUGCCUGUCCUGUCUCUGAAAGAGAAUCACUACCAGGGAAGGAGCUCAUGUGUAUAUGCUUGCUCGAGCACGCGCACGCGCACUCGCACAG